AUGGCACCCCCCCUAGAACAAAGCGUCAUUGAGGCACUCGAGAAGUGCUCCACCGAUACAAACACCCCUUUCGACGAAGUCUUGCGCGUCGCGCUGAAGGUCACCCAAAAGAUGCUAGAACAAGCUGAUCCCACCGAAACCGCUGCGCCAUUUGCCUCAGCUGUAAGACCGGGCCAUCCCGUCGCUCAGAGAGCUCUCCUAGCCUCUGUCUCAGCUCCCGAGGCUGCUCCUGCACAAGUGACUGCUUCAGUCGCUCCUGCCAGCACAGGUACGCCUGCUGGCCGUCGAGUCCUACGAGCUGCGCUUCCCUUGGCGAUGGCUUCUGCCCGGAAGCAGGCUGCCCGCGAUAGCGUCUCGCCGACUCCUACAGUUGGCAAGGGAGAUGACGACAGGGAUGAGUUCGUCUGCGAAUUCGCUGGCUGUGGUCGUUCAUAUGAGCACAAGGGCUCUCGCACUCGUCACUAUAAGGUCAACCAUGGCGGUCGGCGUCCUAGAUCUAGUUAA